GGCAGGGCUCCCACGGGCGCCGCUCCGGCCGACGCGCGUCCCCACUGUCACCUGGGCCGCCGGCAGGCAGGCGGCGGAGGCCCAGGAGCCAUGGGUGACUGGGGCUUCCUUGAGAAGCUGCUGGACCAGGUCCAGGAGCACUCGACCGUGGUGGGCAAGAUCUGGCUGACGGUCCUUUUCAUCUUCCGCAUCCUCAUCCUGGGCCUGGCUGGCGAGUCAGUGUGGGGCGACGAGCAGUCGGAUUUCGAGUGUAACACGGCCCAGCCAGGCUGCACCAACGUCUGCUACGACCAGGCCUUCCCCAUCUCCCACAUCCGCUACUGGGUGCUGCAGUUCCUCUUCGUCAGCACGCCCACCCUGGUCUACCUGGGCCAUGUCAUUUACCUGUCUCGGCGCGAGGAGCGGCUGCGGCAGAAAGAGGGGGAGCUGCGGGCACUGCCAGCCAAGGACCCACGCGUGGAGCGGGCACUGGCAGCCAUAGAGCGACAGAUGGCCAAGAUCUCGGUGGCGGAAGACGGUCACCUGCGGAUCCGUGGGGCGCUGAUGGGCACCUAUGUGGCCAGCGUGCUCUGCAAGAGUGUGCUGGAGGCAGGCUUCCUGUACGGCCAGUGGCGUCUCUAUGGCUGGACCAUGGAGCCUGUGUUCGUGUGCCAGCGCUCACCCUGCCCCUACCUCGUAGACUGCUUUGUCUCACGCCCCACGGAGAAGACUAUCUUCAUCAUCUUCAUGCUGGUGGUUGGACUCAUCUCCCUGGUGCUCAACCUGCUGGAGCUGGCGUACCUGCUGUGCCGCUGCCUCAACCGGGGGAUGAGGGCCCGGCAGAGCCAGGACACGCCCCCAGCCCAGGGCACCUCCUCGGAGCCUUAUGCUGACCAGGUCUUCUUCUACCUCCCCAUGGGUGAGGGGCCCUCAUCCCCGCCAUGCCCCACGUACAAUGGGCUCUCGUCCAGCGAGCAGAACUGGGCCAACCUGACUACGGAGGAGAGGCUGGCUUCUUCCAGACCCCCCCUCUUCCUGGACCCACCCCCCCAGAGUGGCCGGAAAUCCCCCAGUCGCCCCAGCAGCUCUGCUUCCAAGAAACAGUAUGUAUAAGAGCCCGGGAAGUCUUGCUGCCUUUAGUGCAAGACUCUGCAGAGAUGACUGGGGCUGGGGAAGCAGGUGCUUGCUGGCCAGAAGGCCUCACUGCAUGUUGUUCUUGAACACCUGGGGCCUUCCUGGUGACCAGAGGGCACCAUAGUUUCCCCUCCAGAAUGUGGCUUUGUCCCAGGCACAGACAGAGGCAGCUUGGGGUGCUCUUGGCCAAGGGUGUUUGGGCCCUGUGGUCUUUUUCACCGUGUUCAAAGGGACUCGGAGACAACUUCCUCCACCCCCACCCCCUGGAAGAUUCACCUCUGCCCAGGUUGUCCACACACCCUGUCCUCACAGAAAAAGGCUGGUCGAGGCUGCUGGGUCAGCCUUGAUCCCACACACAGACAGAGCCUGUGCUGGAUCUGGCCCUGUCAAGGGGACUGGGGUCUUGUUCUCAUCACUCCUUCCUAGUUCUGCUGUUUAUCCUUCUAAAAUAAACAGGA